GUGGUUGUGGGCAGUUGUGGAUCUGUCGUUGGUUCUCACGUUUUUCUUAGCUCUAUUCUGUUCUGGUCUCGAUUGGUGGUGUCGCAAGAUGUUGUAAUCGUCACUAGAGUGACAGGAAAAUUGCGUUCGUUGGACUGAAGGUGGAACCGACCUCGGAUAUUCCAACAUACGUUUGUUGGGUUUUUUCUCUCACUCUUACCUGAGUUUUUUGCCUUAUUUCUAUUCAUCGGUUGAGUUUCAACUGUAAAUCAAAACGUCAAAUAUGGCACAUGAUGGUACGAGCUGUUGGGACACUCUGCCCAGUGUUAUUAUGCUGGAAAUAUUUUCCUAUCUCAAGCACAAAGACAGAGUUAAUGCCUCCGGUGUUUGUAAAAAUUGGCGACAGGCACUGUUCCACCCGAGCUUCUGGAAGGAUAUAACUUUUGUUUAUGAGGACUCUAUGAGCAUACCAUGGGCAAGACACUUGGCAGAGUGUUUCGCCCUGAGCGUCCAAAACGCAACCAUCAGAUGUCAAACCCCGCACUGGAGUCCAGAACUCGAGUCCCUCCUGCGCAAUUUGCGAGACAACCGUAACCUGAAGAAACUCAUCAUCGAACCCACAUCCUCAAGCUUCGAGUGGGCAACCAAUCUCAACGACUCCUGCAUCUGGACCGACAGAAUCUACAAAUCCCUCCUGAAGAUAAUCACCACUACAAAACAACUCAAAGUGCUGACCCUGGGCUGCAACGAAGACCUCUCAGUUCGUUCAGAAGAGCUCAUCGACACCCUGGUCCUCCACCAUGGAAAGCAAUUGACACACCUUGGACUGGCCUCGGUGAAGGAGGACCCGGAGAACUACGAGUUCGUCUCCCUGCAUCCAAUAAUCUUCCGCCAGUUCGAGAGCCUGGUAGUGCUCACCCUAGACUACGAGCACCUGAGCGACACUCUUCUGGAAUCUCUGACGUCUGGCACGCUAGAGAGACUAGUGGUGCACGUCCACAACUGGCGAAACGAUCAGCCAAGCACCUCCAACGUCUCCUGGCAGCGCUUUGUCCACAAUAAUAAACGCUGUGGUCUUCGGCUCAACCUCCUCCACGCUUACAUUGGCGUCACAGUCCUCGAUUCAGAGAUCCUUCGGCCUGCGAUGCCCUUGACUCACCUCAAAGCUCUCUUCUGCGAGUCUGUGAACCUCAGAGCCCUCUUCAAUCUCUCCUCCUGGUAUUCCUCAAGUCUGAAAUCUCUUGUGUGGAUUGACUCAAUGGACGACGACGAGGCGCAACCUCCCACAUACAAUCAUUCAAUUGCUGAUCGUACUGAUGCCCUCGUUCUCAUUGCCUGGAGGUGUGCAAACCUCGUCGAAAUGGUCUACAUUGGCCACAAGUAUUACCAGGAGAACCUGGUGGCUAUUGCGAGAUUGAGAGGAGAUGUGCUCCAGCGAUUCGAAUUUGCAGAGAGCAAUAUCCUCAGUGAGGAUGAGUUCGAGUUCGAGAAGACGAAGAGUGAGAUCAGUAAAAUCCUUGGAGGUAAUUGGAAACCCAUCACUGAUGAUGAGCUAACUCCUGUGCUGAUUGAUGCACUUUCUGGGGACAGCAGGGAUGUUAUCAUGCCUCUGGUCCUAGGCGAUGCUAAAUAACUUCGAUAUUUGUUUGAUUAAAACAGAGUAGAGCAGAUAAGACCCAGCAUCCAUUAAACCAUCGUUAAUGAAUGAAUCAAUCAAAAGAACUCCUUCUAAUAAGAUGCAUUUAAGGAUGGUUUGAUUUGUGAUAUCUCAGAUGAAAUGAAGGAGAAGUUGAUAGAAGAUAAUAAUCGUUUGUAGAAAUCGUGGGGAUGUGAAGAAAUGACGAAUGGAUUAGAAUCCAGAAUGACCAAGACCAAUCAGGGUCGAUGUUUAAUUAAAUUAAAUCAAUGCGAACGUGCGAAAAUUUUGUGAGACUGAAGAUAAUUAACAAGAGCAGGAAAGAUUCGUUGAGAAUACAUCAUGAUCUUCCAGGAAAGAUUCAAGACGAGAGGAUGAUGAUUCCAGAGCUUAGGUAAAUGAGAAGAUUUAAAAGAAAUGAUGACAACACAUUUCCAACCUCGAAACAUUAGUUUAAUCAACAUAAUGAGAAUAAAAAUGUAAUGAAAGCCUAAACCAAGUAGAGGCAUGCAGAGAUACAUUUUUAGAGUCACGUAGAUCGUGACCACAAUGACAAAGGCGACACCGAGGUUAUUUUUAAUACGACAACCAAUCGGGCGCACACGAUUUAAAAACAAAAAGAGAAGUUAAUUAAUUAAUUAAUUAUUGGAAAGUUAUUGGAGUAAUUUUUUUUGUCAAGAAUAUAAAAAAUGAGGGAGAACUCUACUCGUAUUUGACUACUGAGUUUAUCGCCAUUUUCAAGUGUACAUCUGUUUCAAAAAGAACUAGGGAAUUAGUUUGCUAGUUGGAUUAAGUCAGUCAUAAGUGGUUUAUUAUUCAGCGCACACGCAUGAGAAAUUCUUUUUCAACGGGUUUUGAGUAUUCAACAAGGAUGAAGUUAUGAAACCACUAUAUUUCUAUGAGAACUGAGACAAUUCAGUGGUGAUUGAAGGUGAAAGGAGAUAGAUAUAAAAAUUAUUUUCAGGUGUAUCUUGACGAACAGACUUAUCUAAAAAUGUCUAAAAAGCUUUUUCGUCGGAAUUUUGUGGACUACAAAAAAAAUACGUGAAAUUCCUCAACAAACCACUCCUUUCUUGAGGUAAUUGGAAAAUAACAUAUGAAAUUCUUUUGGACUCAAAUUUAUAAAAUUUACGAAAGGUAAAUAUUCUUUUCAUAGGAUUUAUUAGUUAUUAGUUUAUUGAAAUUUUGAAAGUGCAAGCCCACAAGGGUUUUGCAAACUAAAUGGACUCGAGAGAAGUGUUACAAAACCUUUCCUGUGAUCCACAAAAUUUCCAACGAAAAAGUCGGAAAACAAUGUUGUCGUUUUCUUUGUAUCUUAGUUUUAUCUCCUCUGAUCACUUUUUACCACAGAUUUGAAUUAUUGGUAUUAGUUGUAGCGUGCCUGAGGAACAGUUGCCAGUCACAGGGACAGACGAAAAAGGCAAAAAUCUUUGUACCUCCUUUAUUUUUUCUAUUAUUUAAAACUAUUUUUCUGGCAAUUUUAUUUCGUUAAAUCUCCUCUCUUUUUAUAUAGUAAUCUUUUAUUUGUGUUCGAGGGUAUGGUGCGUGAAGAAUAAAGGGGGAUAAACAUGUAUGUGUGUGUGCUUUUUAAUAUGCAAAGAUCAAUGAGAUAGUGAAAAAAGGUGGGAUUAAAUUCAUUUGUGAAGGGAUACGAAGGAAAAUAUUGACGAUGAGAAACAAACGUUAGAACGGGCCUUAACAUGUACCUGAGUCGAGUGAAAAUCAUUCGACCAAAAAAUAUCGAGAGAGUGUGAAGAUGAGGGAUAAACGAGAAUAAAUAAAACAAGAAUAUCCGUGCCCGUUUUAUGAGUUAACUCAAAGAACUAGUUUGUAGAUCAAUGAGAAAAUUUGAGAGAAAAAUGCGAGACGUGAGAGAGAUUUAAGAAACAUAAGCGCCAAUGAUCUUUCGUAUUAAAGUUUAUUUCAUUAGAAUGAAGGGAAAAAGGAAAUUAAACUUCAGACUCAUAGUGAAGUAGUAAAGGAUAGAAAAUGGGACAAUCCAAAAAUUUCACACUGAUUAUUUUGUAAAUAUCUCUGGGAUUAGUGGGUUUGAAAGGAAAUGUCAGAAGACCUUGUGUUUUUCCCUGAAUUGCCCCCUUUCGAAGAUAUUCGCAAAAUAAUCUUCCGAUCUAUUUUGGAAUCAUCUCUUUCCACAACUGAGAUGUUUUCUUUUUAAAUAUCAACAAUAAUGGUAGAAGAUACUGUGACAAAAUGAACUCAUAAACGAGAAUAAAAAAAAAAUCUUCGUGAGGCAAUGUGCAAAUGUGUGCCGUAAUAUCCGUGCGUAAUAGUCGAAAAACAAAAUAUUUAAAAUACAAAAGUGAUAUCCGUGAUUGUCGUCUCUCGGAGGAUUAUGCGAGACCUCUUGUACAAAGAUAGAUGAAGUAACAAUUGAGGGGUUUAUGUGCCACCAACCAGCAUGGGCACAAUGCAAGAAUAGAUAAAAAAGCAAUUAAGAGAAGCUUGUAGCAAUGAAUUAAGAAAACGUUACAAAUACGACCCAUAAGACUGAGCUUGCCAAACGCGAUACGCAAUCUAGAAGCUGGAUUGGUGUCACGUGGACACACAUUCGUGAUUUCUUGCUCUUGACAGUUAUAAAUCAUUUUAUUCUUACUCGAAUCAGUUCCGAAGGUCAAGGGAGAUGCUGUGAAAAUUUCCGUACGAAUCGUUUUGUGAAUAUCAUUGAAAUUAGUGGGCUUAGAUAAAAAUGCCAGAAAAUCUCCCUUGUAGCCAAUUAAACUCUCAUUUUCUCUGUACUGAAAAGGUCUUUUGGCGUCACUCUAUACACCUUCUUAUAUUCAAGCUAUUUGUAAGAUGAAGGAGAAAAACUCCCAAUGGGUUUGAGUCAACAAAUACACAAAACCGUUAUUUUUGUUGUUGUUCCAAUUUUUUGUUAUUCUGCAAAAAUAUCAUGAAUGUGUGUCAUUAGUUGAGAGACGACACACGUGGAAUAGCGUAGAUCUGAAAAUGCCCUGAGCUCACUCGAGGAUCAAAGUUAAAGAUUUAAAGUUAACUAAAGAUAAAACAAAAAAUCCCCCAGAAUUACAUAACAUUAAGAUCAUUAAGAUUCGCCUGCCAGGAAUCAAAACUAACUUGUAAAAUAAUAUCAAACGAGAGCGGUGUUAGCGAGAUUAAAGAAACAGAAAAAAAAUGUGUUAAGAUCUAUUUUUUAAGAGCCGAUCGUAUAUUUUUUUACUAAGGCAGGCCUUAGUGACGAGGAGGCUAGUGUGGGCCCUGGGAGGAAAAGCCCCAGGUGUUAAUAUCUGUGAUGAACAUUAUAACAACGUAGAACCAUGCAUUGUUGGAAUUUUUUGAACAUUUUUUCAUACUUUCUUCUAAACUAUCGAUUAAUUUGAUGAAUACAUUAAACUCAAUUUAAGCUAUGAAACCAAAAGAUAAAAAUCCAAAUUCUCAUUUACUUUUAUAAACGUCAGUGGAUGAAAAUUUCCAUAUUUCGUUGAUUAUUAUAUUUUAAAAUAAUAAUUUAUAAUUCAAAAACCUCUAACAAUGUAAUAAAAUAUGGGGGCAAACUCAACUACGUACAAAGGAGCACAGUAAUGGUGAUUCCAUCACGCGCUAAGAUCGAGUGAGCUUAAAAAUAUUGACAAAGGGGCGAUUUAUUUAAACAUCUGUGAUAAACAUGCGUUAACUCAUCACCAGUGAAUUUUGUCAAAAAUAUUUUCACCGAACUUGAAAAUAAAAAGACUCAACAAGAAACGAAAGAUAAAUUGAAAUUAUUCAAUCAAAUUAAACUGUCAAAAUUCCACUGGUGAUAUUUUAAUGGAACAAAAAUCUUAGAGAGAUGUACGACAGAAACUAAAAAAUCGAAAAAAAAACUAUAGAAUGAAAGAACGCGCAUUAGAGAGAGAAAGAGAAGGCUGUUUAAAUCCUGUGCAUUGCACCAGUUUAAAUCGUCAAAUGUGGAGGAUCGCUAGGGGGAAAAACAAACAAUUUUAUUACUUUAUGUUUUUAUCCUGAACAAUGUGUUGUUCUAGCGAUUCAUCUCGCUCAUAAUUCAUAAGUAUCUACCGUUAUAUCUGUGUGAGAUGAAAUUUCUAAAAUCAAAUGUGAAGUGAAGUGAUAAAACGUAGUUGAACAGAGCAAAUCCAUUCUGAACAUGGAGUUAUUUCGGUACCGAGUCAUUUUUCAACGGAAAAUGUGAUAAAACACUUGUUAUUGGAACUUUUGUGGGCUAAAAGAACAGUUUUGACAUUGCUUCCUACAACUGACAUUUUCAGAGGAGAAUAAAUAAUUAGUCAGGAAAAUUUCUACAGUAGAGAGUUGGAAAUAUGAGGAACAGCAAUAUGUUUUGUAGCAGAGAAAAGUUCUAAGAACAAAAUGAAUGAUACAACUUCGAAAAAGACGUGCUCAAAACGUUUUAACAUUUCCCGAACGAAAUAGUAUGUGUGUGAUGUAGGAACUGAAAUUUUUGUAGGAACGAGAAGAAAAAAAACUUUGUCAUUCCAAAAAGAAAUUAAACGAAUAACUGAGAACCAAAUACUGGGAAUUAAACAUUCAUUCCAACCUAACUCGUUCUUGAGGAUCAAUAUGACAUUUACCAACAGUAUUAAAAGUUCCUAAUGCUACGAGAAAUGUAAAAUCGAUUGUUGUGAGAGCCAAGAGUUGAUGUAAAAGGCACAUGCGAUGUAAAAUAGAUAAAAAAAAAAUCGUGUUACGAAAAUUUUAAUCGUUUCUGUUUCCCACUAUUAUUAAAACGAAAAUACCUUCUAAUACCUGGAGAAGUGGUUUACAAUCGCCAAAAUAUAUUGAGGAUUUUGCUUUUUUAUCAUUCCAUAACGCGAGAGACGAGAGUGAACCGCGUUCGGGGAUGGGAGUGAUUAUAAUCGAGGAAAUAAUGAUUUUUCUCCAGUAAGAAAUAUGUUUUCAUGAUCUUACGCACACUCCAAUCUCUUCCCACCUAGAAUUCAUUUUUUUACCAAAUGGGAAAAUUGUUAUUUUCUCGUGUUUGCGGUCACGUUUGGAGGAAUAUUCAUGAAAGUAGGAAAAUUAGUCGUCGUAAUUGUUAGAGCAAGAAAAAUAUGUUUAGAGGUAACUGAAGCGCAUUCAAUUCCGAUAUUCAUUAAAUUGUGGAGUAGAUGGAAAGAACAAAAUGUUUUUUUUUAACUGUGUUUUCAAAUUGAUUUUGUUUUUUUAUGAAGAAAAGGAAGGAAGAAUAAAAGGAGAUUUUGUCAAAAAUUUCGUGCAGAUUAUUUUGCAAAUAUUUUAAAUACUGAUGGAUUUGCAGCAAAAUUAAAAAUACAUUGUCCGUCGGAAAUCGGUUAGCAAAUCGAUCAGCAAAUCUGUUUUAGACUUAUCUCCUUCCACAGCUUCGCUAUUGUUUUCUAACAUAAAACCCCAUUUCGAUUUUAUGGACGUGAGUCGGAAGCGUUUCUUUGAUAGUUUAUUUUCGCAUUAAUUGCGGUAUAGUUAACCUAGGGGUUAUUAAGGGGAAAUAGAUGAAAACUGAUGUUUAUGGAGAACUACGAUCUGCAGGCGGAUUGGGGUGUUUGUGCCCGCACAAUCGCAAGGAAUAACUUUCUUUUGAAUUGUUUUACAUGGAAAAGUCAUUGAAAUAUAAUAAGGGACUGGAGUGCAUCAACACUCUGACUUUGAAAAAACAAAUUGCAAAAAGCAACAAUUGAAUAAAAAAAUAGGAAGAUUGUUCCGCGCUGCUGUAUUCACAAUUAAAUUUACAGUAUCAUGUAUAGUUUCAAUUUUUUUAAAAGAAAUAUUGACGUUUGACCUUGGCCAAGUUUAAUCAAUCGGAAUUUUGAGUAAACACCAUAUAAAGUCAACUGAAGAACCCAAAAUUUUCAACAGAUUAUGAAUGAAUAUUAUCGCUGUUUGUUGUUAAAUUGUUCAAGUAACUGUGUCUCAAGUAUUCAAAAAAAGGGAAUGAAAAAUAAUUUCGUAACAAUUUUAUUGACAUUUAUGGGGAGUGCCACGCUAUUGACUUGAACAUUCUUUCAUGAAUUAAUGUCCAACCAGCUGGAAUAUGAAGAAAAAAAAUUGUAUUUCACGUUCCUAUCUCGUACGUACCAAUUAAAUUGUUACCCAAUGAUGUCUACUGUAUUCAAUCAUUUUAAACAAUUGUGAAAAUAAAGAAACAUGCAACUCUG